UUCUUAAGCAUCUUCCUCUCCUGAUCAGAGAAAAAACAAAAAGAAAACCCCAGAAAAAAAUCUGUCUCUCUUCUCUCCAUUAUAUUACACCAUUGUCUCAUCUUCAGAUCACCAUUCCAAAAAAACCUAAAAAGAAAAAAAAUCACUUACACAUUAUUUUGUUGUAACAAAAUGGAUUCAAAUAGUAACAACACCAAUUCCAUAAAGAGAAAAGUUGUCGACCAACUCGUCGAAGGCUACGAGUUCGCUACUCAGCUUCAGCUUCUCCUCUCUCAUCAACACUCUAGUCACCACAUCAGUCAGACCCGUAUUGGUUCUGUCGAUCCGGAUCCAGUUGAUGAGCUCAUUGAUAAGAUCUUGGGUUCUUUCCACAAAACCAUAUCGGUUCUUGAUUCUUGCGACACCUCCGUCCCUAUGGCCGUGGAGGGUUCAUGUGGCGAUGAUUUGGCGGCUCCCGUGAGUUGCAACGGUGGAGAUUCAGGAGAUAGUAGAAAGAGACUUGGAGUUGGUAAGGGCAAAAGAGGAUGCUACACUAGAAAGAAGAGAUGGCAUACUUGGACUGUGGAAGCUAAAAGAAUUGAUGACGACAAAUAUGCUUGGAGAAAAUAUGGACAAAAGGAGAUUCUAAAUACCAAAUUUCCAAGAAGUUAUUUUAGAUGCACAUACAAGCCAACACAAGGAUGCAAAGCAACUAAGCAAGUUCAGAAACAUGAGCAAGACCCUAAUCUGUUUCAAAUCACAUACAUUGGCAACCAUACAUGUAAUGUCGUUAGUGACCAAACACAAGCAAAGACAACCGAGCCUUUUGAUCAUGGAACAAUCAUGGACUCGGACAAAACAUUGGAUGCAACCAUUUGUCAGGAUCAUGUUGAUGCAAAUAUACAAGAGCAAGAAAAUGACAUCAGUAAUCUGAUCGUGGUAGGCGCAGGCAUGGUGAAAGAGGAGGAAAAUAACAAUGGUGAUCAGAAUAAAACUUAUCGUGAGAGCUCUUCCACAGAUUGCGAUUUGUCAUUGGCUUGGCAAGACGUGAUGAUGAUGUUUGAUGAUCAUCAACAUCAUCAGAAUCAGAAUCACUACUAUCUUGGUGAAAGUAGUAAUGCUUCUCAUCAGUUCCCUUCCAUUGACAACGAUCAACUCUCCUCCUUAUUCGAUUACUGCCCUUACGAAGGAACAAAUGCUACAUGAACAUCUAAACCCGGAUUAAUAUUUCGUAAUUAGGCUAAUAAUCAUUUCUCGUCCUCUCUCUUUGAGUAAGUUAGUGAAGUGUAAUAUUUUUGUUGUAUGAUUGAUAAAAUACUAUAUAACAUAUAAUUUCGUUUCUACAUUUCCCUUGUUUCAUUUAUUAAGAACUGGCAAUAGAUGUUUUGUACUUGGUAUUAUCAAUAUGAUUCUUG